AUGUUGCCCACGAUGGACCCACCAAGAUAUGUUUCCAAAAAGGACAAGAACUUGACUAUGGAACAAAUCGGUAUCACCAAGGGAGAUUACAUCUACAUAAACGAGGGCGAAUUCAAGGGAAAAAUUACCAAAGUUUUGGAAUAUCACAGCCGAACUAACGAGUUUGCUGCAAACGAUAUCUCCAAGCCAUUAAUUGUUGCCCCUCAGUAUUGGGCUGAGAACCAGAAGAGCCAUCUCAUUGACUUCCCUAGAUCCAUACCUCGUGAGCACGUCAAAUUAGCUGCCAGAGAGAAGGAUGAGAAUGGUAACAUUACUCAUGUUGUUGCAAACGAGGUCAUUUACAAAGGUCAAUACUACGACGACAGAUACAAGAGAUGGUUACCUAGAAGGUUCGUGAAGCACCAUGAAAACCUUGAAAUUCCAUGGCCCACUCCAGACAAGAACCACACGGCUUCUGAAGUUACAACGAAAGAAGAGGUGGCUCACUUGAAGACAUACGAAACGCAGACCAUUGCUAAAUCGCUCCUUCCACCUGGUGUCUUGAAUGAGAUCAGAAACCCAUACUCCAAACAUAAAAAGCAGGAACUCACAGAUAUUGAGGCGAGAAGACUCAACGAACCAGCUAUGCCUUUGACCACAGAGCAAAAGAUCUACUUGGCCAAGAAGGCCAAGGAGCCAAAGAAGAAGCUCGAGCCUUUGUCCGAAGAGGUGAAGGACUACAUUGGUCAAAGAAUGGCCCAGCAUAUUUCCAAGAUCGAGAGUCCACAUCUUUUGGCUCAUUUGGAUGCUUUGUCGAAGGUGGAGAUUCCCGACUUCAAGAGGACGUUGGAGAAGAUCGAGGAGGACCAGCAGUCGAACACCCAGUAA